GGUGGUGACUCCCAGGGUGCACCCCUGGACGACAACGUUGGGGAGAGGAGCAAGAUCGCGGAAGCAGAGGGUGCCUAGUUGUCCUUUUAAGCGCCCUCCACCCCCUUGCCUGGAGGCGCGCGCGGCCCCUUUAAGGCGCGGGGCAUUGUGGGUGCGGGGAGUGGAAUUUUGGAACCAAAUGUAACGAAGAGAAGUACAGUAGUAAGAGUAACAGUGUAGCCGCUGCCGGCAAGGGGGGCGCGUCGGGGAGCGGACGCCGCAUCCCCUUUCUGCCGCAGGGACCUCUCAUCAGACCGCCUGAGGGAAGCGGCGCCCGGAGACCCGCCCCGGCCGGGUCCACGUUCUACCCAGGAAGCUGGACUCUAUGGGGCGGGACCCUGGGGGAGCCUGAGUCGAGCCCGGAGCCAGCCCCGAACCCCUGAACCUCCAGCCAGGGGCGCCCCGGGAGCAGCCAGUCCGUGGGCGCGCCGCCCGCCCGCCGAUCAGCCAUGAGCGAAACUGUCAUCUGUUCCAGCCGGGCCACUGUGAUGCUUUAUGAUGACGGCAAUAAGCGAUGGCUCCCUGCUGGCACAGGUCCCCAGGCCUUCAGCCGUGUCCAGAUCUACCACAACCCCACGGCCAAUUCCUUUCGCGUCGUAGGCCGGAAGAUGCAGCCCGACCAGCAGGUGGUCAUCAACUGUUCCAUCGUCCGGGGAGUCAAGUAUAAUCAGGCCACCCCCAACUUCCAUCAGUGGCGCGAUGCCCGCCAGGUCUGGGGCCUCAACUUUGGCAGCAAGGAGGAUGCGGCCCAGUUUGCCGCUGGCAUGGCCAGUGCCCUAGAGGCGUUGGAAGGAGGUGGGCCCCCUCCACCCCCAGCACCUCCCACCUGGUCGGUCCCGAACGGUCCUUCCCCAGAGGAGGUGGAGCAGCAGAAAAGGCAGCAGUCUGGCCCGUCGGAGCACCUAGAGCGCCGGGUCUCCAAUGCAGGAGGCCCACCUGCUCCCCCAGCUGGGGGUCCACCCCCACCACCAGGACCUCCCCCUCCUCCAGGUCCCCCCCCACCCCCAGGUUUGCCCUCCUCGGGGGUCCCAGCUGCAGCACAUGGAGCAGGGGGAGGGCCACCCCCUGCACCCCCUCUUCCGGCAGCACAGGGUCCUGGUGGUGGGGGAGCUGGGGCCCCAGGCCUGGCCGCAGCUAUUGCUGGAGCCAAACUCAGGAAAGUCAGCAAGCAGGAGGAGGCCUCAGGGGGGCCCACAGCUCCCAAAGCUGAGAGUGGUCGAAGCGGAGGUGGGGGACUCAUGGAAGAGAUGAACGCCAUGCUGGCCCGGAGAAGGAAAGCCACACAGGUUGGGGAGAAAACCCCCAAGGAUGAAUCUGUUAAUCAGGAGGAGCCAGAGGCCAGAGUCCCGGCCCAGAGUGAAUCUGUACGGAGACCCUGGGAGAAGAACAGCACAACCUUGCCAAGGAUGAAGUCAUCUUCUUCGGUGACCACUUCCGAGACCCACCCCUGCACGCCCAGCUCCAGCGAUGACUCGGACCUACAGAGGGUGAAACAGGAGCUUCUGGAAGAGGUGAAGAAGGAAUUGCAGAAAGUGAAAGAGGAAAUCAUUGAAGCCUUUGUCCAGGAGCUGAGGAAGCGGGGUUCUCCCUGACCACAGGAACGGACCCAGAAGACCCGCUUCUCCUUUCCGCACACCCCGCCUGUCACCCUGCUUUCCCUGCCUCUACUUGACUUGGAAUUGGCUGAAGACUACACAGGAAUGCAUCGUUCCCACUCCCCAUCCCACUUGGAAAACUCCAAGGGGGCGUGGCUUCCUUGCUCACACCCACACUGGCUGCUGAUUGGCUGGGGAGGCUCCCGCCCUUUUCUCCCUUUGGUCCUUCCCCUCUGCCAUCCCCUUGGGGCCGGUUCCUCUGCUGGGGAUGCACCAAUGAACCCCACAGGAAGGGGGAAGGAAGGAGGGAAUUUCACAUUCCCUUGUUCUAGAUUCACUUUAACGCUUAAUGCCUUCAAAGUUUUGUUUUUUUAAGAAAAAAAAAUAUAUAUAUAUUUGGGUUUUGGGGGAAAAGGGAAAUUUUUUUUUCUCUUUGGUUUUGAUAAAAUGGGGUGUGGGAGUUUUUAAAUGCUAUAGCCCCGGGCUUACCCCAUUUGGGGCAGCUAUUUAAGGGGAGGCGAUGUCUCACCGGGCUGGGGGUGCCUCCCCCCACCCCAGGGACUCCCCUUCUCUCUGGCUCCUCCCCCUUUUCUAUGAGGAAUUAAGAUGCUGUAACUUUUUGGAACCUCAGUUUUUUGAUUUUUUAUUUGGGUAGGUUUUGGGGUCCAGGUCAUAUUUUUACCCCUUGGAGAAAAUAAGAUGAGGGAGAAAGGAAAAGGGGAGGAAACUUCUCCCCUCCCACCUUCACCUUUAGCUUCUUGAAAAUGGGCCCCUGCAGAAUAAAUCUGCCAGUUUUUAUAAAUGCUAA